GUGAUAUUUUCUGAACCAUGAUAGCUAAUUCAUCAAUAAAACCAUGCUAUUCUGUAAAGUAAAAUCAUAUCAUCUUCAGUCUAGGCCAAUGAAAGGGGGAACAGAGGUCAGACAUUUUCCGAUCUCAAUCCAACCAUUGAACGUUCUGUUCUAUCUGUCUGAACAUCAAACAAUGCAUAACUCUUAUUUGUGUUUCUUUCGUGUUUAUUUGAGUCCUGUGUUUACACACCGUUGAGGUAUUGGAUCAAUACAAACAAAGAAUUAAACACACAAAAGAUAUUGAAACAUCAUUAAAGACAAACACUGCAAUAGGUCUUGUGUGCACACUGGUAACCGUCCCUAAGCUCACCCUCAGGACAUGGAGGCCUGUCCUGGAACUGUUAAGUGGGCUCAUGAAGGCGUAGGCUAUAAAUGUGUCCUCAGAUGAUCACUGACCAGUCACAGUUUAGACUCUUCGCACAUAGUGGAUUUCAUCUUUGUGGAAUAGAUACUUUGAAGGAUUCGUGCAUACCAGGUAUAGUGCGUUUAACAAUAGUACUUAGCAUUGUGCAGCAUCUUAUCCCAGAUAGCUUUGUUGAAUACGGGGAACAAUUGUUGGUGCUUGGCACUUGGUUCUAUGAACAUCUUUACUGUACAGACGGAGAUAUAUUGUUUAUCUUUCUCUUGACAAAUGUACUCAUCGUAAGUCGCUUUGGAUAAAAGCAUCUGCUAAAUGCAAAUGAAGAACAUCAUCUAUGAAACGGCUUGUGUUAUUGUAGAACCUAAAAAGAACUAAUUAGUGUUCCAUUUGUAUUCUAAAUGUUGAUGCAAUAAUGUAUUUGGACUGAUAAUUUUGACUUUUCUUUUCUGCUUCACAGAUUAUGAAUGAUGGCUGGGGCUGUCCACCCAAUUCUCUCAGUUUGUCCCUCACGGGCACUCUUUACCGAGAAGUUCCGGGUGCUGGUGGAGAAUCUGCCUCCUGGUCUCUCAGUCACUUUGCACUCUCUUCACUGCUCUGAGGUGAAGGAUUAUUGGGAGGCAUACGGACACUAUGUCGCUGACAAUAAAGGGACUGUCGAUGUUUCACAAGAGGCUAGUCUGGGGGGAACCUACGCAGGAAAGGAGCCGAUGGGUUUACUGUGGAGUAUGAUCCCUGUGCCAGGAUCUAAAGAGCAUGCAGUUUUGUUCAAGGUUGACGUGGAGGCACCACAGGAGGUGCUCAUCUCGGUGUUUCAGGGCCACCUCUCUGAAGGCUUCAGGCAGAAGCCUCCCCUGGCCUCAGUGGUGGCCGAGAGGUGGUCCAUGGCACCGGGGCUGAAGAGGAUCAGAGUGCAAGAGAAGGAGAUUGAGGGCAUCCUCUUCAUCCCUCCGGGUCCUGGACCCUUUCCGGGAGUGCUUGAUUUAUGGGGCUAUGAAGUGGAGCUGACGGAGUGCCGUCCCGCAAUGCUUGCGUCUCAAGGUUUUGUAGCCUUUGUGGCCAAAUACGUCAUUCCUGGAAGAGAAUUGAAGAUCGACUAUUUUCUGAGGGCGUUUGAGUUUCUUCAGGAGCAUCCGCUGGUGAUCAGCAACAGAGUUGGACUCAUUGGCCUAUCUCAGGGUGCAAUCGUGGUUCUCAAUAUGGCAUGCCGCACCGAAGCUAUCAGUCCUCGCUGCUGUGUCUCUAUCAAUGGCAGCCACUUAUUGAUGGAAGAGUCGGUUGUUACAUUUUGGAAGAAACACUUUAAAAUGAAGGAACACACCAUUCUGCGAAAUGAGCAGAACCAUGUAACAAUGCGCGGUUUGACACUACCUCUCCCAAAUGAAGCAACUAUAAAUAUGGAAAAUAUAAAUUGUCCAUUGUUGCUGGUUGUUGGGGAAGGCGAUCUUAAUUUCCCAUCUGCAGAAUGUGCUGAGUUGAUGGCAAAGAGGAUGCACACAGCGGGCAAAGAGCACCUGUUGACCAUACUGAGUUAUCCAAAUGCCGGACACAUCCUCCAUUUGCCCAAUAGCAACCUUGUCCGGAUCUCCCGUUACCGCUUUCCAUGCUUCGACCAGCGCGAAAUUAUACUGUGGGGAGGACACCCAAAACCUCAUGCAUUUGCUGAGGAAGACAGUUGGGACAAGAUCUUGGCCUUCCUCAAGCAACAUCUGUACCCUGAUCCUCAAAGUGACCCCGAUGCAGCGCUGUGAAAGUACAGACAGCCGCCAUGGCUUUUGGUGGCAGUGCGUCUGAUCGAGACUAUCAGGUUUUGCUGUGAAUGUGUGAUAUUUCUUCUCCUAAAGUGUCCCAUAUCUCAGGGAUGGGAUGUACAAAGUGUUCUUGUGCAGGGUGGGGACAUGCUGGGCAAAGAACCUGAAUGGCCAGUAGUCGUUCCACCUCCCACCCUCGGCCAAUAUACGCUGAGAGGGGAAACAUUGAAAUAGGCAAUGAGUUAAACUAUUUUAAAAGUCCCCAGGGCGACAAUCGAUCGGACAAUAAAUCCAACCAAUGAUUAGAUCUAUGGUGUAAUAUUUAGCUCCAACCCUUUCACAAUCACAAACACAGAUGCUGCAGGGUACUUCACAAACUUCAAAUUAUCCGAUUAUCAUAUCUAGACCAGUCUGUAGCCAAGUAUAAUCUGUAGUUUGGCAUUUUUUUUAUAUAUGCUAUAGUGUGUUAUUAUAUAUAUUUAUUCUGUUAUGUCUGGGUAAUUAUAUAUGUUAUAUUAUGUGUGGGAAUUUAAAUGGUCAAUUUAUUUGUGAGGUGAUGUCCCAUAGGUGCAUUCUUUAUAUGUAUUUUAUAUUCUAGUUGAUGGUUUUCUCUGUCCCCUGUCUCAGGUGUGGGGCACCACAGGGGAGUUGUCUAUAAGGGUUGGGGUUUAUUCUGUUUGGGGUGGACAGAGGAGUUAUGUUGAACGCGAUCGGGCGCGGAGCCGACUACUGUGACCUCGGACGUGUUUCUGUAUUAUGAUAUUGUUCUCUUUUUCCUUAAUAAAUGUUCAUCUUUGACAGCGGUUUGGGGUGUUGGUGUUUUGUGUCCUGAUUUCCCGCUCGGCGACAGAGAAACCCGGGUGACGGCUCAUUAAUGUGAUCGCCUCAUUGGUCAGGUAGCUGUGUAACUUA